ACUCUCAGUAACUUCCCACUGCUCUGAACCAGGAUUUACAAAUGAUCGUCACGAUCUAAAAGUGCCUUCGUCCCCACUUAACUCUCCAGAUCAUCAUCAAGAAAAGCAAUAGCCAUCAAGCCAUCUCUCCACCAUCCCAUCUCCCGAAGCUUCCUUCUCAAUUCAAUUAUAAUCACUUGUUAAACUAUCUAUCCUAUUAAUCUAUCAAUCGUCAUCAGCAAAUCAAUCAAUCCUUUUUUCCUCAUACUUUACAUCUAGUCAAUUUCCAUUCAACAGAGAUCUCUUUACUUGCUGACUCUCAUCUCAUCGCAACAAAGACUCUUGAACUAACGUUCAAGCCCAACCAUCUUCACAAUGCAUCGCACAUACUCUAUGAGACAAUCGCGGGCUCCAACUGUAAGUUUUCCACUGUAGCUCGAGGCUUGAUGGCAGACGGAAUUUUGCCGCAGCAUGAAAAUGAGCAUCUCACUGACGACUCUUCUUUUUGCUCCUUCAUAGGCCUCGCAACUUCAGAAUCCUCCUCCGCCACCUUCGAGCACGAAAUCUUCUCACAAGAUCUUCAAAGGCGGUCUCGGUCAGUACAUUUCUAUGACGUUUACUAUAAUUUUUACAUGAUGGAUGUGGGGUAAGCCCGAGUUCAUGUGAACGGGCGAUGGGGAUGCGCAAAGGGAAGGCGGGGCACCAGUUUUCCCACAAGCUCAAUCUGGAUAUUUUUUGGUUCUACCGAAUCUUUUGGCUAUAUGCGAGAUAGUUGCUUGUGUUGGGUGUCUGGUAUCAUGAUACCUAUUGCUCGCCUGAAAUGUUGCAUGAUGUCUUGCUGCAAGACUCAAAACAAACUAUCUCCUGUUCUUGGAGGAUUGAAGAGGAUGAUUUGCUAACAAUCAUUUAUUUAGGCCAUGCUAUGCGACUUAAGACACAUUCUGCGCUCAACACCAGAGGCCCAGAGCUUUCAAAAAAGCUUGGUCAACUCGUAAAGAUGGAGAAGAAUGUUAUGCGCAGCAUGGAACUUGUCGGAAGAGAGAGAAUGGAGGUAGCAGUAAGUAAAUUCUUUAACAAAUAUAACACAAAUCUAUAAUCUAACAUCAUAUAGCAACAACUUUCCAUCUGGGGAGAAGGAUGCGACGAAGAUGUUUCAGAUGUUACUGACAAGCUUGGUGUAUUACUCUACGAGAUUGGUGAACUAGAGGACCAAUACGUUGAUCGUUAUGACCAAUACCGUGUUACCAUCAAGAGCAUCAGAAACAUUGAGGCUUCCGUUCAACCUAGCAGAGAUCGCAAACAAAAGAUUACUGACCAAAUUGCUCAACUUAAAUACAAGGAGCCAGAAUCUCCAAGGAUCGUCGUGCUUGAGCAAGAACUUGUUCGUGCUGAGGCCGAAUCCUUGGUUGCUGAAGCUCAACUUUCCAACAUUACUCGUGAGAAGCUCAAGGCUGCCUACACCUACCAAUUUGAUGCUCUGCGUGAGCAUUGCGAAAAGGUCGCUAUAAUUGCUGGUUACGGAAAGCAUCUUUUGGAACUUGUUGAUGACACUCCUGUCACUCCAGGUGAAACUCGUCAAGCAUAUGAUGGGUAUGAGGCUAGCAAGGCCAUCAUUCAAGAUUGUGAAGAUUCUCUCACCAAUUGGGUUAACUCUAAUGCUGCGGUCUCUGCCAAUCUCUCCACCCGAGCUCGCACUUUGUCUCAACGCAGACGCAACAACAUUCAACGUAACGCUCAAGGCCAUGACCUCACUGGUCAAGAUCAACCCUUGAACGAUAACGAGUCCGGUCUCUGGGUUCCAGCUGCCGCUCACAAGGGUGGAGACGAAUACGAAGAUGAGGAAGAGGAGGAAGAAGUUGCUCACUCUCAUCAAGGUAGCAUCACCAAUGGCGAACAAAGAGGUCGUCAAGAAGAACUCGCAUAAUGGUUGAAAUCCAAUUUUAAUAUCAGAAAAGAUUGAAAAAAAUAUUAAUCAGCUAGUGAAGGUUUGAAGGGAUGGUAGGGAUCCAACAAGCGUCAAUGUAGGAAACAGUUGAACUGAAUUGGACUGAUGGGCUUCUGAGCAUAUUCCCACGAUCUUUUUUUUCCUUCGCAUCGCAAAACUAGGUAUGCUUAUGGCUGUUCGGAUGGAUCCAUGUUGUAGUUUUUUUCUUCUUACCCUAUUAAAUUAUGAUAAUGUUGGAAUGUUAUGUGGUGGUAAUUGAUCAUAUAUGAUACAUGAGGAUAUGAAAUGGGAGGGGGGCAAUGGUAAAAGGGGUUUUGAAGGUUUGAGGGGGAAGUUGGAAGAGAAA